GCCAGGACUACAUAGAGCUGACGGAGCAGGAGGAGACAGCGGAUCUAACUUCCUCGUUCUUCUUCUUCACAAUGAAGCUAGAAUGGGUUUGUGAGCUGAUGUGAAUCCAGUGAAUCCAGAAGUAUGGACACACAGGAAGGAGUACCUCCCUAUAAAGUGCCUCUGUGUGGGGAAGAUGAGAGCCAGAGCAAAGCUCAGAGAAACCAACCUGGACUCGAAUCUGGAUCAAGCAGUGUGUCCUUAAGAAGUGACUGGUCAAAGGGUUUUAACCCUAACUUCAAAGACAUCAGUUCAGGAGUGGAACAUCUUCACAGGAACCAACAUGGGCCUGGAUCUGGAUCCAGCAGUGUGUCCUUCAGGAGUGACUGGUCAAAAGGUUUUAACCCUAACUUCAAAGACAUCAGUUCAGGGGUGGAACAAGAGGAGGAGUGUCUCGGGCCGCGGCCUGCAGAGACACCCAGAGCUGCAGAUGUUGGUGUGCGGGAGAUUUUCGGAGAGCAUCAAAUCAGUCUGAGGAGCAGAAGUGAACAUGUGCUUGAAGGAACUGAAGAAGCAGGGGGAGAAAUUCUCCUCAACAGGGUCUACACUGAGCUCUACAUCACAGAGGAACUAAGACAAGAGGGUCACACCCUACAUGAGGUGAUGCAGCUAGAGACAACCAAGAACAGCAAGCUCCAUGACACUGCAAUCAAGAACCCAGACAUUUUCAAAGUCUUCACUGACCAACACAGAUCCAUCAGAGUGGUUCUGACCAGUGGAGUUGCUGGAGCUGGAAAAAGCUUCUCAGUGCAGAAGUUCAUUCUGGACUGGGCUGAGGGUUUGGAGAACCAAGACAUCAGUGCUGUGGUUCCUCUUUCAUUCAAAGAGCUGAACUUGAUCAGAGAUGAGGAGCACAGUCUUCUCACUCUGAUCCAGCUUUUCCAUCCAACACUCCAGAAGAUCACUGCAGAGCAGCUGUCUGCCUGUAAACUUCUGUUCAUCUUUGAUGGUCUGGAUGAAAGCAGACUUAUUCUGGAUUUCAACAACAGUCAGGUGGUGUCUGAUGUCACACAGAAGUCUUCAGUCAAUGUGCUGCUCACUAACCUCAUUCAGGGACAUCUGCUGCCCUCAGCUUUGGUCUGGAUCACUUCCAGACCUGUAGCAGCCAAUCAGAUCCCUCCAUCAUGUGUGGACAGACUGACAGAAGUACGAGGCUUCAAUGAUGCUCAGAAGGAGGAGUACUUCAGGAGAAGAUUCCCAGAUGACGAGCUGUCCAGCAGAAUAAUCUCCCACAUCAAGAGCUCCAUGUCCCUCUACAUCAUGUGUGAAGUUCCAGUGUUCUGCUGGAUCACUGCUGUGGUUCUGGAGAACCUGCUAACCACAGAGCAGGGAGGAGAGCUGCCCACCACCCUGACUGACAUGUACUCACACUUCCUGAUGGUACAGACAAAGAGGAAAAAGAACAAGUACCAGCAGGAACAUCAGACAAGUUCACAAGAGCUGACAGAGACUGACAGGGAAGUUCUUCUGAAGCUGGGGAGGCUGGCAUUUGAACAUCUGGAGAAAGGAAACACCAUGUUCUACCAAGAAGACCUGCAGCAGUGUGGUCUGGAUGUCACAGAGGCCUCAGUGUACUCUGGGGUUUGUACUGAGAUCUUCAGAAGAGAGUGCGAGACCUUCCAGAAACCGGUCUACAGCUUUGUUCAUCUGAGUGUUCAGGAGUUUCUGGCUGCAGUCUACAUGUUCCACUGUUACUCCAACAGAAAGACAAAUGUAAUAGAUGACUUCCUGAAUUGCAACACAGACAACCCAUCCCUGGAUAAGUUUCUGAGUAGAGCCAUAAAGAAAUCCCUACAGAGUCAAACUGGACACUUGGACCUGUUUGUUCGCUUCCUUCAUGGCCUUUCAAUGGAGUCCAACCAGAGACACUUAGGAGGUCUGCUGGAUCAUACAGAGAGAAAUCCAGGAACCAUCCAGAGAACCAUCAAAAACCUGAAGGAAACAAAUACCAAAGGAGUCUGUCCUGACAGAAGCAUCAAUAUUUAUCACUGCCUGAUGGAGAUGAAGGACCUCUCAGUUCAUCAGGAGAUUCAAAAGUCCCUGAAGUCAGAAAACAAAUCAAAGAAGAAACUCUCAGGGAUCCACUGCUCAGCUCUGGCCUACACUCUGCAGAUGUCAGGGGAGGUUCUGGAUGAGCUGGACCUGAACCAGUACAAGACAUCAGAUGAGGGCAAACGGAGACUGAUCCCAGCUGUAAGGAACUGCAGAAAGAUCAAAUUUCAAGAACAAAGCGGACUCUCAGAGACUGACUAUGAAAUUCUGGCCUCAGCACUUAAGUCCAACCCAUCCUACCUGACAGAAUUGGACCUGAGUCAUAAUGAGAUGGAAGAUUCGUCCAUGAAGAUUCUGUGUUCUGGACUGGAGAGUCCAAACUGCAGACUCCGAAUUCUGAGGUUGCAGUACUGCAGAUUGUCAAAGAUCAGUUGUGCUGUUCUGGUCUCAGCUCUGAAGUCCAACCCGUUCCACCUGACAGACCUGGACCUGAGAUACAACAACCUCCAGUCUUCAGAUGUUCAGCAUCUCCAGGACCUGGUUGAGAGUCCAACCUUGAAACUUCAGACUUUGAUGUGGGAGAAAUAGGGCUGGUGAGCCUGAUGCUCCUCCUAGUGGAGCUGAGAGGAGCAGCAGCAGCUGGUCUGCAGAAAUGUUUUGACUGGAUUGUGUUCCUGGGAGUUGGAGAGCAGAGUGAUGGAGAAAUCAGAGGAAGUAGAGAUGAAUGCCAGACUGGCUCAGUUCUACCAUCUGACUAAGCAUCAAGUGUACAGUUGUUGGGCUACAGCUCUUCUGGUGGACUGAUGGAGAACUGCACUUUAUCUUCUCAUUUCUAACUUGGACUGUAGAGAAGUCUUCUGCUACUCUUCUCUAAUGUAUUUGGAACUUCACUUAACGUUGUGUUUCAAAAUCCAGAUGAUUAUUUUAUGAGAUUUAGUAAGAAUUUUGAAUGUUUUAUUUUAAUUUAUCUUUUUUUUCGGUCAUUUUUUAAACAAGUUUUCUUCAUAACCUUGAAAACUUGGAUGAUGACUUUCCAGCAUUAUUGUGCUAAAAUUCUCCCAUGAGUCAGUGGUGUUUGUUGUAGAGCUGAGCAGAGGAAAAAAAAAAUUCUGCUCCUUGUGUGGAAACACAAGCUGGAUUCAGAUGAUCAGCAGCUCCAGGAUUUGAAGAAAAAAAAGACACGGAGACAAUCAGAAACCAGAUGGCCAACAAAGAAAUCAGUUCUGAGAAACUUUGAUUGGAAUGUGAAUAAUAACGUUUUCUACUGGUUGAAAGUUGAACUUCCAUAACUCAAUAUUCUUUCAUACAUCAUGGGGUAAUUCUCAUCAUUUUGACAUUUCACUAUUAGAUGUGUGUUUGUUUGUGACUGGAUCAAUUAUUGAUUACACAGAGCAUUUCUGCUUUAGAUAGAUACAGUAUGUGUGUAGGUCACAGAAAAAAGACAGUUAGAAGUUGGAUCUUGUUUCUGUGAUAGAAAAAGACAUUUGAAUCAGAAUUCUAGAUUAUAAUAUUCCAAUUAUGGAUUUGAGAUUAUUCAACCUUGAUCUCUGUUUCUCCAGAAACAUUCAUUGAUGAGCAAAAGCACAAAGGUCAGUUUAGAAAACUCCAAGAUGGUCAUGGGACAAUAAUGUUACAAUAGUAUUGACAUGGACAAAUUUUAUGGUCACAUGACUCACUAGUUUGUUAAAGUCCUCAGUUUUCAGCUCUGUUCAUAUUGACAUGGUGGGUAGACAUUACAUCAAACCAAACAUUUCAAAAAGUAGCCAAAAAGUGAGUCAGCACAUUUUAGUUGUUCAAACAAAAUGUAAAACUAUUUUAAAGCUUUCAAUCAAAAUACCAUACCCAAUUUUAAUCUUAAAAACAUAACAAUUAUUCAUUUCAUUUUUAAUCUCUAUUGUUAAGUUUGUUCAUUUUAUGAAAAUAAAUACUGGUGUUAUUUUAAAGUUCUCUUAAUGGUUUAUAAAUGUUUUUAUGGUCUUGGGCCUUCUUAUCUCAAUGAGCUUUUUUUAAAGUAUGAACUCUCAUGGACCCUGAGGUCUUCCGGCACUGGCGGUGCCUGUUCUCUUUGGGGCGGCUGGGGCCCAGCUCUGUAGAGCGGUCCCUGCGCUACCCGUGCUGGGCGGGCGCAGCGGCGAUGCCCCCCAUGGUCAGGCUGGAUCUUGAAUAAGUGGAUUCUCGUAAUAUCGUUUCUACACAGUAGGACGAGUAGUACCAAGCCAGAGUUUUUACUCUUUAUUCACUUUUAUUGACAAGGGUCCUAUUGGGGGAACUUGGGGGGUGGGGGGAGGAACUGGGGGAGAGAAGGAUGCUCGUUUUGUGUCUUUGUGUAAAUUUGUUUUUAAACACUCUGUGUUUUUUGUGUCUUUAAUAUGUAUUUUAUUUGCUUUUAUAUUAAGCCCCUUGUGUUUCGGCCGAAGAAAAGGCGCUAUGCAAAUAAAUAAAGUUUGAAGUUUAUAACAAGCCACCUAGUGAUUAACUUAUUGAGACGCCGCAAAGGGAGAUGAUUGACAAGGUCUCCAGCCAAUCAGGACACAGAACAGGGUGGACUGUUUGAAAAAACGCUGCAGCACAAUUGCUCGGCAAGAAUCAGCGAGAAGCGAAAGGUGAACUGAGAUGUAGAAAGAAAACGCAAAAUUCUGUUCAAUUUAACAGAGAUUUUGGGGGUUCAGAUAAGUAGAAGGGAGAAUAAAAACGUUUUAUGUGAGUCUUGAUCCGUGAGGCCAGAUGGAAAAAAAUCAUGCCUUUCUGAUAUGUUCAGCGGGCCGGACCAAAUGUGGGGGCGGACCGCAUGAGUCCCGCGGGCCGGAGUUUGCCCAUGUCUGGUUUAGUAAAUAAAAUAAAUGGCAUGAUCCCUGGGUUGUUCCGCGCCCCCCCCUGCCAUUGCACCACGCCAUACCACUCGAGAAACACUGCUAUAAAUCAACAAAUACAUAAACAUAUAUAACAUUAUUAAAUAAGGAAUUUAGUAGUAAAUGUAAUUUUUCUGUUUAUUCAAUCUUCUAUAUGUGGAUUACUCAGUCUGUUAUUUAUCAGUAACGGGGGUGGGAGGUGUGAAAGGGAUUGGGGGCUGCAUGUGGGUCUGGGUGAGGGAGGGCAUUUUGUGUUUUUUUUGUAUCUUAAUCUUUUUAUUGUUGUGCUUGUUUUUGUUUUAUUUACGUGUGAAGAACUUUUUGUUAUAUUUUGUAUGAAAAGUGCUAUAAAGUUUGACUGAAUGAUUCAGAUUUACAUAUCCUUAUUAACACAGCUCAGUUAUGCGACCAAUUUGGUCGCAUUUGCUACUAGAUUUUUCAUUAGUGGGUCUAAAAAAAAUUCUUGGUCGCACCGGUGCACCCAGUUGAUGUGCGAUGAGAAAAACAGACACACAUAAUCCCCGCGACUUCAAAAGUCUCACUCAUGUUUGUGUGUGCAGGUGUAACAACCUCCAGUAAGAAUGAUUAUUAUUUUAUUAGAAUGUGCAUCUGAAGGAG